AUGCAGCUGAAGAUGAUGGCGCCAGUGGAACCCAAUCGAUCGACUGCAGAAAAAGUGGCUCCCACCAAGAACAAGGUGGCUGAAUGGCGCUAUGGACCGGCCCGUCUGUGGUAUGACAAGAUGGCGGUCCCAGAAGAUGGCAGUGGCUUUGACUAUGGCUUCAAAUUGAAAAAUCCAGAAGGUGAUCUAGGAGCGAAGACAGACUGGGCGGGGAAGCAGCCAGGGGCGGCAGAGGAAACAGUUGGCUUGUUGUCCCCUGAGAACUUCCUGAUGGUAACCCAGCAGCAAUGGGAGGAUGAAGUCAUCUGGGAUAUCAAGGACAUCAAAGAUAAAGAGCCGAAUCCACAACGUGUGAGACAGGCGGGCUGGAUUCCCUACCACAAGAGCAGAUCCAUGGGAAAAGUGUGUCCGACCAUGAAAGGGAUAUCCUGUAGGGAAAUGUUUGAUCCAGGCACCAUUGGGUGGCACUGCUUGUGUGUCACUAGUAGAAAAACGCUGUGCCAGGAUCCCCCUUGGAAAACUGCAAAUGAACAUCCCAUCACAGGACAUUGA